AUGUCCAAUGGAAAUACGGUCCAUGCGUCUACUGCAGAAAAUUAUAAUGAUUCUUCAGAAUCUCAGCGAGAGGAUUUGUUGCCAGAAAAUCCUGAUAUCUCUCAUCAGGAGAACCAGUACUCCGUUGCUCAAUCUGAUCAAGAGUAUGCAUAUGAAAACGCCAAGCAGCAGAUGAAUUCUGCAUUUGAUGUCUCACAGACAAACAUGCUGAAUCAAAUGCAGAAUCUUGCUUCAUUAACAAAUGUGAUGAAUGAACAAAGUCUGAGGGAGCUUGAGCUUCAGUACUCAACACUCCGAGGGGUACAAUCUAUGCCAUCAAGAAGCAACGAUUCCUCACUAGGUGGCCAAAACAUUUCUGUGCCAGAGGCUCUCAGAGAUGGUGGUGGUAGUCAAACAACGGAGCCAAGCCAACAUAACUUACCCGGUGCCAAUAUUGCUACUGGACCAGCUCUUACUCGACAGCUACCAAUGCAUCCAUACUCUCAGCAUACUGUGCCUCUAACUCACUUUGCAAACAUGAUGAGUUAUCCUUUGAUGCCUCAGAGCUACCCAUACAUGCCAUCAACAUUCCACCAAGCAUUUGCUGGUAAUAAUAGCCCAUACCACCCCUCCCUGGCCGCUUUGCUUCCACAGCACAAAAACAACAUUUCAGCCAGUCAUUUGCCUCAGUCAGCAACUUCUGCCCAUAUCUCCUCCGCUUAUGGGUUUGGGAAUUCAAGCAAUGUGGGAGCCGGAAACUUCCCUCUUAACCACCAACAACAAAAACAGCAGCAGGCAGUUCCUACUGGGGCAACACUUAGUUAUGAAGACAUCAUGAAUCUACAGUACAAACAGAACAACCAUCUAUUGUCACUUCAACAACAACAACAACAACAGAAUGAUAACUCGCCUCAAUGGGUUCAUGGACCUGCUUCUCAAACAAUGUUUGGUGUCCAGAACAGUGCGUACUACAACCUUCAAGCACAACAGCAAGCUCAGCAACCUCGACAAGCUCAGCAACAGGCGCAACAGCAAUAUGGAUCACUCGGUUACCCAAACUACUAUCAGUCACAGACCGGAAUGUCAGUGGAGCACCAACAGCAAAACCCCAAGGGAGGGUGGGUCGCAAGGCCAGCCGUCAAAGCAAACUCAGCAGCAACACCUCUGGCAAAACUCUUACUAGCCGGUUUCGGUCCGCUCUGUGUACUUGUCACGUAG